AUGAUCGGCUUAGUCGAUAUGACACGGGUGUCUUUCGAUAAAAUCGCCUCAUAUUCAUUCUCUUCCAGCACGCAGCUACUGAGCUACAAUACUGCCUGCAAAUCUUCAAUAUCUCUAUUCUACCUCUUUUGCACAGGCUCCUUAUUUUUUGACAUUGUCCAUCACCUGCUCCACCGUUGCAACAAGUCAUCACAUCCUCUGUUUCAACGCCUUGCUCGUGUUCACCGUUACCACCACCUAUAUUUCACGCGGCACAUGCAGUUUGACAAAAAAUAUCUUCGACAGAACCAAUUUCAAGCACUUCCACUUGAACUGGUACUUCAAGUUAUUGGUACUAUACUGGGCUAUAUUUUUGCUGUUUUCGUGACGCCAAAAAGCCUGCAUUGGAUCACACGACACCAUCUUUAUUUUACCGUUACGGUUCAAGUUCUGAGAACCUCAUUUGUCAUUGCCACAAGUGGCCGGGACUCAAAUCACCUGGUCUACGAAACUGCGCCAAAGGAUCCUAAUUGGAUAUUUGUGGGCCCGGAAUUCCACUCGCUUCAUCAUGUCUACCCAGAUCGCUAUAUCGGCUCAUUCAUCAAGAUCUUGGACUGGAUCUUCGGCACUGCAUACUCAUUCAGAAGCAAGCAUUUUGUAAUUACUGGCGCAGAUACCGUGUUUGGCCAGGCAAUGAUGGCAGAACUCGAACGCGAUGGUGUGAACCACAUCCACAAGCUGAAUAUUGGUAUUGAUUGGGAUCAUGAUCAGUUCGAAGAAGCGAUUCCAGUGCUUUCCAAGUGCGAUAUCCUAAUUCUAGCCCAUGGCUCUUCACACCAGGAUGAAGUCAAAUCGGAUUGCGAGUCAGCCAUACAGCUUGUCAAGUUGUUCAAAAAACACAGGGCUACUAAUCCCCUUGGUCCGACGCUUCCAGAAGUGUGGUACACCGACAAUGGAAUUGAGUCCCACACAUCCUGGAAAGCUGAACAAACGCAACAUGAAUCUCAGUCAAAACAAGGAUUCCUUCUCCAUGCUCGUUCACUCUACAAUGAUGCCACAAUACUUUACCGCCAUAUUGACCUAUCGUCAGUUCACUCAGCCAAAGGAUCUUCUGCCUCGGAAGCGUCCAGAACAGCAAAGUGUGCAAUGUGGUGGAUCCGGCGAGGAGCUAGAUAUGUCCCUAGCACAUGCAUAUGGGUCGCGUGUCUCAAUUAUUUCAAGUUCAUAUUUUGUAUUCCUGAUGCACAGGAUUUUGAAUCUGUCAGCUAG